GACCGAUCCGUGUGCGUGCUGCCAUCACCGGGUUUUUGUGACCGACAAGAACACACAUACACUCACACAGAGGCACAAAGAAGAAGAUGGGAGGCCCUAGUGACCAAGGAGCAAUAGCUAGCUCUAGCUAGCAUCGAUCGAGAGGAGAGGUGAAGUGAAGAUGAACAACUCCAACGGAACUAGCGGCUACUGCUACAAUAAUACUCUAGUAUACAACUAUGUGUACAACCUCACCUCGUCCUAUGCGGACCAGAGAAACGAGGCCACCAUGGUGGCCACGUCCGUGAUCAUGUUCACUCUGGCGGCCCUCUUCUUCAACCUCAACCUCUUCAGCCCCUUCUCGGACAUCAGCGCCAUCCUCAACCCCAGCGUCCGGCUCUUCCUCUCCACCUCGCUCUCGCUCUUCCUCCCCGUCAUGUCCUACCUCUUCUCCGAGGCCAAGAAGGAAGGCGCGGCCACCGGGCAGACGACGGAGCUGUCGUUGCGGGCCCGGACCAUCCUCAUGUGGAUGCUCCUGGUGGAGCUCCUCCGCAAGAAGGUGGAGGCGGUGCUGGUGGGCGCGCCGCAGGGGUACUCGGGCAUCAUCGAGCGCGCCGCCCGGAUCGGCUGGCUGGGGUACCUCGUCUUCUACAACCUCAGGAGCGCCGGCAAGAAGGCGCUGUAUGGGAUCCUGUGGGUCCUUGCGGCUGCCAAGCUGGUGCAGAGGUUCGUCACCUUGGAGCUGGCGAAGCGUUCCUUUGCCUACGGCAAGAACCCCCAGCUCGUCGCCUCCUACAUGGCCCAGAUGCUAGAGGAGGAACGGCAGCACGCGGCGAGCGGCGGCGACCAGCGUGGGUCCGCGCUCCUGAAGCUGUGCAACUACGUGGUGACCGGCGAGGAGGACUUGGAAAAGGAGGCCGGCCCCGACGGCUACCAACUAGUGGUAGCUGAGCCGUCUGGACGAUUGGCGGAGGCCAUCAAGAAAGACGACUCCACGGUCGUGACGGUGGGCCGAAUCUGGGAGCUCGCCGGGGACAAGAAUGACAAACUGCUCAACGGCGGCGACCCCAGGCUGAAGCGGCUGUGCCUCUCCUUCACGCUCUACAAGCUGCUGCGGCGGAGGCUGGAGGACCUGCCCAUCACCGACGCCGAGGCCCGCAACUGCCGCCACCUCAUCUUCCGAGGCCUCUGCGAAGAAGAAGAAGCAGCCAAGGCCCUGUUCCAGGUCUUCGGCGACGAGGUGCAGUUCCUCUGCGAGCACUACCACUCGGUGCACCCGGUGGUGCUGGCCAGCCCCUUCUUCUUCCUCGUCAACUACAUCCUCUUCCCCGUCGUCGUGUGGGCCCUCUGCGCCCUCACCAUCGUCCUGUGCAGCAACGGGGACGUGGGCUACGCCUACCGGAGCUUCAAGGCCGACAACUACGCCGUGUGGUUCGGCGUAGUCCGGAUGGGCGGGUGCAUCCUGAGGAGGGUGACCAAAUCCCCCAUGCAUCUCUUCUCCGUCGUCGACGUUUCCAUCACCGCCCUCCUCCUCCUCUCCGUCGUCUACGAGGAGGUGUGGGAGUUCAUCGUCUUCCUGCUCUCCAACUGGUUCAUGGUGUCGCUGCUCUCCAGCUACGCCAGCUCCAGCCAGCGGUGGCGCGACAGCCCGCUCCUGAGGGGGGUCAUCCGCAGCGUCCUGUGGGUGCGCACGCUGCUGAGCGGCCCCAGCGUCCGCGUCAAGCAGCUGUCCCUGCUCUGGUGCUGCGGCCGCCUGGCGCUGCUGCCGACCAGGGCCGUGCCGGUGCAAGCCAAGAAGGCCCUCAUGGAGCGUCUGAUGGACAGCGCCGCCGGCGACGGCGUCGGCCCUCAUCCCAGCAACCUUGUUGUGCAGUCGGGCGAGACGACCGUGCAGCUGCGGCAGCGCCAUAGCCGCAGCAGGGCCGGCAUCGCCGAGGUCAUCCUCGCCUGGCACAUCGCCACCGAGCUCUUGGAGUCGAGGCACCCGCUGACGGAGCAGACCAAGGCGGAGGAGCCUCACCGCAAGGUGGCCACGGCGCUGUCCAGGUACUGCGCCUACCUGGUGGCGUUCCAGCCGGCGCUCCUCCCCGACGACAAGGACGGCACGGAGCGCGUCUACAAGGACACCAUGGCGGAGCUCAAGAGUAAUAAUAAGGCGCUCGGGUGCUGGGGCUACCACGUGUAUCCACCCGCCACCCGGUCCAACAAGUUGAUGGCGAUGGCGGCGGAGACGGCGGUGGCCACCGACACCGAGAGGAAGGAGAAGAAGAAGGAGGCCACCUCGGCGUCUGCGCUGCACGAGGGAGCAAGGUUGGGGAAGGCGCUGGUGGACACGUACGGAGCCCCCACGACGGACGUUGAGCAGCUGUGGAAGCAGCUCGCCGACCUGUGGACAGAGGUGCUGGUGUACGCGGCGCCGACGGGGAGCGAGGUGCACCUCAAGGCGCACAGGGAGGCGCUGGCGCAGGGCGGCGAGUUCAUCACCGUGCUCUGGGCGAUAGCCACCCACACCGGCAUCGGCCGCGGGCCGGCGGUGGCCACGCCGCCGGCAUGAUUCUAGCUCGCCGGCGGGCCGGGCGAGAGUUUUAUUUUGUUGUGGGUAGCUCGCCGGCCGGCAUCAACAGUUACGUUGCGUACUCCCUACUGUCGGCACGCACGCGCUCCUAACUCUGUACAUGUAUGUUGCAGAGAAUGUGUACGUGCAGUUCCAAAGUAUCGGCUAGCGUUUCUAGUAUUAUUGGAGCUUUUUUUGUGAGUUUAGCUUAGCGAUCUUUUCCGUUAAUGCAUUUAUUGCCUAUUGGUCUUCAUUGUUUCGUCUUGUUACUGGGUGCCCAUGUAAGAUUUAAUCAGCAAUAAUCACAAAGCAGAUCCUAUCUUCAUAGA